AUGCCUGUGGUUGCUGGACCUCCCGCUCAAGCGGGCCCAGGGGGUGCUCCCUCAACUUUUGACAAGAGAACUGUGACAAUCUUCCAGUAUGGUGCUGGCCCCAACGGUGUCAUGCGGACUCUGGGCAAGUACAUGCUGGGAUCGGGUGCCACUUUCGGACUCUUCAUGUCCAUCGGCAGUGUCAUUCGCUCUGAAGGACCUCGAAACGAUGCCUGGCUCCGUGCUCGAGGACCCCCAAUGAUGCUCCCCCGACAGAGCCCCCUCCGGCCUAUGCGCCAGUGA